AUGGCGGCAGGCAUGAGGACGAACGCCAGGAUGGCGUGGAGACUAGGGGUGUACGUCCGGCUGCUGGCGGCAAGCGUACUGCUAGGUGCCGAGCUGAGCCGACUGGGUUUGAGAGAUCGGGUCGGGGUCGCCGCACAGAGCAACGAACGACGGGUUCUGGCUCGCAUCCCGGGCGACAUCAUCAUCGGAGCCCUGUUCUCCGUCCAUCACCAGCCGCCUGCAGACAAGGUGCACGAGAGGAAGUGCGGGGCGGUGCGCGAGCAGUAUGGGAUCCAGAGGGUGGAGGCCAUGAUGCACACACUGGAUCGGAUCAACGCCGAUCCCAACAUUCUGCCCAAUAUCACUCUAGGUUGUGAAAUCAGGGACUCGUGCUGGCACUCUGCCGUGGCCCUGGAGCAGAGCAUCGAGUUCAUCCGGGACACGCUGGUGUCCAGCGAGGAGGAGGAGAGCCAGGCCAGGUGCGCCACACCUGGUGGCAUUGCACCGGUGCCGCAGAGCAAGAAGCCCAUUGUGGGCCUCAUCGGGCCGGGGUCCAGCUCGGUGGCCAUCCAGGUGCAGAAUCUCCUGCAGCUCUUCAACAUCCCGCAGAUCGCCUACUCGGCUACUAGCAUGACUCUCAGCGAUAAGAGACUGUUUAAGUACUUCAUGAGGGUGGUGCCCUCAGACAUGCAGCAGGCCAGAGCCAUGGUGGACAUUGUCAAGAGGUACAACUGGAGCUAUGUGUCUGCCAUACACACUGAGGGUAACUACGGCGAGAGCGGCAUGGAGGCCUUCAAGGACAUGGCGGCCAAGGAGGGCAUCUGCAUCGCGCACUCGGACAAGAUCUACAGCAACGCCGGCGAGCGCGCCUUCGACCGGCUGCUCCACAAGCUGCGGGCGCACCUGCCCAAAGCCCGCGUGGUGGCCUGCUUCUGCGAGGGCAUGACAGUGCGAGGCAUCCUGGCCGCCAUGCGCCGCCAGGGCCUGGUGGGCGACUUCUUGCUGGUGGGGAGCGACGGCUGGGCGGACCGCUACGACGUGACGGACGGCUUGGAGCGCGAGGCGGCGGGCGGCAUCACCAUCAAGCUCAAGUCGGCCUACGUGACGUGGUUCGACGACUACUACCUGAAGCUCAAGCCCGACACCAACGUGAGGAACCCCUGGUUCCCCGAAUUCUGGCAGCACCGCUUCCAGUGCAAGCUGAAGGGAGUCCCGCAAGAGAGCACCGCCUACAACCGCACGUGCAGCUGGAGAGAGUCCUUGCGCCACCAAUAUGCCCAAGACACCAAGAUGGGCUUCGUCAUUAACGCCAUCUACUCCUUGGCGUACGGUCUGCAUGCCAUGCAGCAGGACCUCUGCCCGGGAUAUAAGGGUCUGUGCGAGGCCAUGCGGCCCAUCGACGGGCGCCAGCUUCUAAACUUCCUGAUGCAAACCAACUUCACGGGCGUGUCGGGAGAAGUCAUCCACUUUGACCAGAACGGAGACUCACCCGGCAGGUACGAGAUCAUGAACUUCAAGCAAAUGGCCCGGGAGGAGUACGCCUAUGUGCACGUGGGCAGCUGGGACCAGGGCGGCCUGCGCAUGAACGACGAGGAGAUCUGGAGCAACGACAGCGACGUCAUACUCUCCGUUUGCUCCGAACCCUGCCAGAAAGCACAGAUCAAGGUGAUCCGCAAAGGCGAGGUGAGCUGCUGCUGGACGUGCACGCCCUGCAAGGACAACGAGUUUGUGUUUGACGAGUACACGUGCCGCGCCUGUCUGCUGGGCUCGUGGCCCACCGACGACCUGCGCGGUUGCGAGCCCAUCCCGGUGCAGUACAUUCGCUGGGGCGACCCGGAGCCCAUCGCCGCCGUCGUGUUCGCCUGCCUGGGCCUACUGGCUACGCUCUUUGUCACAGCUGUCUUCGUCAAGUUCUGGGACACGCCCGUGGUGAAGUCGUCCAGUCGGGAGCUGUGCUACAUCAUCCUGGCGGGCAUUUGUCUGGGCUACGCGUGCACCUUCACCCUGAUCGCCAAGCCGCACCUGGUUUACUGCUACCUGCAGAGGCUCGGCAUCGGCCUGUCGCCCGCCAUGAGCUACUCCGCCCUGGUCACGAAGACCAACCGCAUCGCUCGAAUCCUAGCAGGCAGCAAGAAGAAGAUCUGCACCAAGAAGCCUCGCUUCAUGUCCGCCUGCGCUCAGCUGCUCAUCGCCUUCCUGCUCAUCCUGCUGCAGCUGGCCAUCAUCGUGGCGCUGCUCGUCAUCGAGCCGCCAGAGGUGGUCCACGACUACCCCAGCAUACGUGAGGUGCACUUAAUCUGCAACCUGACCACUCUGGGGGUGGUGGCGCCGUUGGGCUACAAUGGCCUGCUCAUCCUCAGCUGCACCUUCUACGCCUUCAAGACUCGCAACGUUCCGGCCAACUUUAACGAGGCCAAGUACAUCGCCUUUACCAUGUACACCACCUGCAUCAUCUGGCUGGCCUUUGUGCCCAUCUACUUUGGCUCCAACUACAAGAUCAUCACCAUGUGCUUCAGCGUUAGCCUCAGCGCCACCGUGGCGCUCUGCUGCAUGUUUGUGCCUAAGGUGUACAUCAUGCUGGCCAAACCGGAGAAGAACGUGCGCAGCGCCUUCACCACCUCUACGGUGGUGCGCAUGCACGUGGGAAACGCCAAGAAAGCUACCAAGGAGGGCAAGUCGUCCAGCAGCAUGGCCAACCUAUUCAGGCGCCGCUCGUCCUCACAUGGCAACGCCAGUUCUAACGGGAAGUCGGAUGCCUGGAAGCAGAACGAGCGCGGCUACAGGCCCAACCUUUGGAAGCGGAUGACCUUUCACGUCAAGAAGAAGGACACCCCGGACACCAACCAGACGGCUAUCAUCAAGCCUUUCUCCACGAGCGGCGGCGGAGAGGCGGCGGCGGCUACUUUCGAGUCGCAGUGGUUCCAAGACGGACACGACACCAGACCGACGCAAGCCGAACUCCCUGCCGGCGACAUCAGCGCGGUCGGCGUGGGCGAGCUUGGCAUGAUGUGCGGCCCGCUAGGGGGCGCUACCGUCAUGGAGCAAAUCAACUGCGUGGUCAACAGUUUCAACCAGCUGGACGUCGCCGCCCUGUCGGCCGACGGCCCCGCCGUGAAGCCGGCGCGCCACGUCAGAGACUCGGAGGAGCCGGCCGCACUCACGCCGCCGUCGCCGUUCCGGGAUGCCUCGCUCAGCUCCGAAGCCAGCGACGACGCUUGCUCCUCGCGCUCGCCGUCUGGCGCCUCCGAGGCGGAAUACGGGCAGCUGCUGCUGCGACACUACAGCCAGAGUGCUUCCUCUCUGUAAACGACCAAACUUGUGGUGCCUUGAAAAGAGUCAUUUAGAAGAUGGUGGUGCUUUCAGGAAUCGCCCACAUCGUUUUUCAAAUCCAUCAACAAAGAAAAACAUCAAGCGAAGCGGACGUGCUAAUGCUAAAGGAGCGGACAUGCGUUGCCUUGGUCCUAGUAUCUUAAAAUUUUAGAUAACACGCUAAUCUGCUAAAACUUUGCGCUUCAUAAUUCAAUCGGGGCGAUUACCAUUGUCAUACAUAGAGACGACUGAAAGGAAAAUGAGCAAAGAUGGAAGUAAAGUUGUUGUUUUUUUUUACCUAGUUUGAACCGUCACAUUCCAAAGAGAAAUUUAAAAAUAGGUCGCAAGAACUAUUACCUUUAAUGUGUACAUUAUUCAUGUUCAUAUUUGUAUUUGCUUACCGUUCAUUUAGGGUGACUUUUUCCAAGGACCAGAAAGUGUUUACAGCUGAAUUUCUUAAGGUUCUUCAGAUAGUUUUGAAUACAACGGAGCGAAGCACUGUAAAACAUGAAAACAAAAACAGUCUUGGUUAAGUGAUGUCCCCACGUUAAGCUCUUAUUUUUUUUAAUGCUACAUGACUGCUAUUUGCAUUUUUGUGUGCACGUUUUUUUUUUUUCUCUUUUAUGGACGAGAGGUUUUUAUUUUUACGAGCUCAGAAGCAAACAUUUGCUCAGCUCGAGGCAAAUUUGAAUGUCAUUCUGGUUUAAAAUGGACCAAAAAGCACCUCAGGACUGAUCGUGUAGCAGAGUGCUGGAAUCUUGUUAAUAAUGACGAGUUGGUUUUGUAAGAUGAUUAGCUAACCUUUUGAACUUUCACAUUUUUGGGGGUCAAAUAAUUCUCUCGUUUUAGUUGUUGUCUUUUUUUAAACUAUAGAAUAGUUACUUAAUUGUAGUUAUUUCUAAAAGUGACUACACAAGAGUGCGUAUGUGCUUCUUCUACUCACCAAAAUUGGACUAAAACACUUUAAAUAAUAUUUUUCUUUGACCCCAAGAGGGGAGAUUGGUUGGAUUGAAUUUUAUGACUAAUAUUUAGUGAUUUUGUUUUCUUUUCUUAAUCUUUAGGUGAUUGUCAUCUUUCUUAUGAAAUGAUUUUUAGGAUUUACAGUAUGUGUGUUGCCGCAUGUUUACUGUACGUACAAACGCGCACACACACAAGCGUUGGUGCAAUUUUUCGAGUACAGUGUUGCCAUGUUAGCAUGUCGCUUUAUAUUCAUUUUAUGCACCGAUGCGUUAGUUCUACUCAAAAGCAAUUUGCUUUGAACGUUGAUUAAAUUCUGUUUAGUUUAC